UUCGUACUCCACUCCACAAGGUGGCAGAUUGAGCAAGGCUGGGGAGUCUUUGAUGACGUCAUUUGUCUGCGCCGACACACGUUUUCACUCACACGUCGGGAUUCGUGAUGGCAGAGCAUGAGUCUGAAGUGAAGAGGGUGAUAAAGUUGGUUCCUGAGAACCUUCUGAAGAAGAGGAAAGCAUACCAAGCCAUCAAAGCCACUGAGGCCAAACGUGCACUUCUUGAGAAGAGAAAGGUAUCUAAAGGGAAACCCUUGAAGUUCAAGCGCUUGGAGGACUUCCUGAAGGAUAGCCAUAGAAAGCAUCGCGAUGAGACCCGUAUCCGGAGAGCAGGUCACAGACCAGCUCCAGCCAUGCCCCCUGCAAAGAACAGACUGGCCUUCGCUGUCCGCAUCAGAGAGAUCAAAGGAGUCAGUCCCAGAGUUCAGAAGGUAAUCCAGAUGUUACGCCUGAGAAAGAUCUUCAGCGGUGCCUUUGUCAAAGUUAACAAGACUUCUAUGGCCAUGUUGAAAAUGGUUGAGCCCUAUGUAGCAUGGGGGUUUCCCAACUUGAAGUCAGUUCGUGAGUUGAUCUUGAAAAGAGGACAGGCCAAGAUUAACAAGCGAAGGGUCGCUCUCACAGACAACACACUCAUUGAGCAGCAUAUGGGCAAGUAUGGUAUCAUCUGUCUGGAGGACUUGAUCCAUGAGAUCUACUCUGUGGGGAAGAACUUCCGGGUGGUCAGCAACUUCAUAUGGCCGUUCAAGCUGUCUGUGGCUCGACACGCUGCCAGGGACAAGGCAGGUCUUCUGAAGGACAUAGGCAACCCAGGACCCAGAGGGACGGACAUAAACUCGAUAAUCAGGCAGCUCAACUGAGGCUGCACGAGACACUUUCACGUCAGACCUUUUCUUCAUUUGAUUUGAUUUGAUUUCUUGUGGCCAAUGAUGAACUUUUUUCUUUCGUCAUAGCCUACUCAUUCGUUGUUCUUUAAUUCCUUCCUUUAAUAUCAAUACUCUGAAUUACCCGGUCUGGCAUGAGGAAAGAGAUCCCUUACAGAUUCAUAAGGAUUUAAUUCAUCUUAGGACCCCAGGGUCCCAGCUGGCAGAAUUCAUAUUGGACCUGAUCAGAAUUGAACGCCUAGUCAGACAGUGCCUUUCUAGACUAUGUUGUGAUUAGACGGCAGUAAUUUACCCUCCCUUUUUUUGAAAAAAAUUGGUAUUCUCAAUAUGUUGCCACCUCUGUAGUUGCAAUAAGGCCAUUCUAUGGAGAUGCUAAUUGCAUCACUACUUACUUUGCCCCUGUGGUGUUCAGAGGGAUGUCAUUAUGCUUACUAUGUAUGUGAGAUUACAAUAUGUUUAUGAAAUAAUAAACUGAAACAAGAA